UGGUAACUGCUGACAGAGAAAGCGCAAUUCCCACGAUCUGUCAGCAUAACAACACAUUUCGAACUACUAGCCAUGUGUGCACGUGAGAAUGGUCUAGCGUGCACGUGCAAGUUACACUUAUCCGGGCUAUAUAUCCGGGAUGUGUGUGUGUGAAGUGGACCCCAGAAAAUUUGCGCCUAUUAGGCGGAGAUGGUCUGGCUACGCGAGACUACUCUUAUGUAUGCGUAGAACUUUACAUAAUUUAAUUAAGUGUGGGCAAUGUGGCCAUGUGGGCGUACGUGAGUCUCGUGAGUUUCGAUGCAUGCCCUUUGUUGGAAUGGAUGGAAUGCUUUUGUAUGCAAUUGCAAAUCAACGUCCACAGUGAACGAGUCUGCUGCUCCAACGAUCUUCGGUCAUGUCGGAUAUUCAAGAUCAUUUCAACGUUCUCAUCGUUUGCGCUUUGGAGUCAGAGCUGCAGGCCGUAAAAGCAGUUCUAGAAAACGGAACGAACGACAAGUUUGGAAACAAAUACACACAUCCCAGAGAUCUCAACAGCCUCAACGUGAGAGUGUGUGAAGGAUGGAAUUCUACUGAGAUGAAGGUGGGCAUGGUCGCACAAACAGAAAUGGGAGGGAGCGAGAGUCAAAGGUUGCUUUCCAAUCUCGCCAAGUACUUCACGGCUACCGUAGUCGUGAUGCCCGGGAUCUGUGCUGGAGAGGAGAACGUACAUGGCCAAGUGGAACACGGUUGUGUGUUUGUCGCCAAGCGAACAACAGCAGAGAUGGGAGGGAGAGUGGAGGAAGACGGGAAAUUCCAAGCUAGAGCACAAUACUGUGAGCUCAACAGCGGUAUCCUUGCGUCAAUCAAUGAAUUGGUUCACGUGGAUUCUGAUGAAUGCAUAUGGUUGAAGUACAUUCCAGAAACGGCCGUUCGUCCUAGCCCUCGUUAUCUUCAACAACUCAUCCUAGACUUUGCUAUGGAGAGUGGACAGAACGGCAUUACCAAGAGAGAGCUAUUGGACAAGAUGAUGGACAAGGAAUUGCGUGGAAUGACUACAAUGAAGAAGGAUAAGACUCGUCUCACCUAUGAUGAAAUUCUGAACACAAUGCUAGAACAGAAAUCUCCUUGGGUUAGUGUAUCUCCAACAUCAAAAAUUAGAUACAUUGCUACUAAGGAAGGAGAAGGGUAUGCAGCAAACGAAGCUAUUUUUCCUCGUGAAAAUGACAUCAUUGCUAUCGUUGAUUCCAUGCUCUCGGUGUCACACAAGGAUAUGAACCUGAAGGCAAAGUUGAGUGAUUACAAAACACGCGUGGCCGACAGAAAGGUGAAGGCAGUAGACAUGGAAGCUUACUACUUUAUGAAUCAAGCCAAAGAGAGCUUCAAGAGAAAGGAAGUACCAGGCAAAGCAGUCGUCAUGAAAGGCAUCUCUGACUAUGGCUCUAAUGCAAGCAAAGGAGACUAUUUUCAUGUGUAUGCUGCCAGCACAUCUGCUGCCUUUCUAAGGCAUCUAAUGACAGUCAAACAACAUCUUUUUGUUGAUGAAGAAUCUCAAAUGAGGAAGCCUCAAUAUGAACCACCACCACCAGAACCAAGGGACCCACCGCCGCAGUACGGAGUGAGUCUGCAUCAGCAAGCUGAUAGUAAAGUGGAAGGACAACAGCUGGUGAAGGUGGCUAGGGAAAUAUCCGCUAAUUGGGAAGAGCUGGCUUUUAAUCUUGAUGCUGACCACUUCGAUACAAAUCGUACAGACAGUAUCAGGCGUAUGGACCCCUUGGAUCCACAGAAGCAAGCAAAGCGAAUGUUGGAUGCUUGGGUGGGCAAGCAUGCGGAUGGUGCUACUCAACGUAAGCUUAUUCUAGCUCUUUGUGAGAUGGGAAAUCGGGCACAAGCCCACAAUGUUUUCACUGAAGCUCUUGUCACGUUUGUGAAGAAGGGAGCUGUACCAUCUGCUCCUCCACAUGGUCAAGUUCAGGCUACUAAUGGAGCACAAGCAACCCCUGCAACUGCGUGUGAAUACGAGGCACUUAUUCAGGACAAGGAGGGUAGAAAGAAGCUCAUUAGAGUCAUUAAAAACAACGUGUCGGGCUCGUAUCUUGAAAUCGGACUCGAGGCUGGCUUGAAGCAGGAUGUAAUAGAUGAAAAGGCUAAUGCUCAGGCAUCUGGACACGUUAAACUUCAAGCUGUCCUCGGUACUAUAAGGAUGAUGUGGGCGAGAAGGAAAUGCUCCGAAAAGUUUUAG